AUGACGUUCGAGGACCACAAGCGCUGUCUGUUCGAGGUCGACGACGAUGACAACGCUGCGGAUGGUACCGAGAGUGAGGAGGUGGGUGACGACGACGAUGACUACAUGGAGGACGACUUUGACGAUGACGUAACGCUAAAGGGUGAGGAGCUGAAACGGCGUGCUCGUCUGAUGGCCCGAUCGGUCAUCCAGACGAUACAUGAGAAUGCCGCCGCUGAUACCGCCGCCAACAUUGCUGGAGUGGAAUUUGUUCCAACACCACUCCCGUCCUAUACACCGUACACGCCGUACAGGGAGAACGUAUCAAUCCGAUCGUUCGAGCACCGUAUCAAAACGAUUAAGACCAUGAAAAUGACCCUUAAUCGUUUCGACGAUAAGCGCGUUGUCGACGACGAUCGGGUACGUACACGCGCCUACGGUCAUUACGCGUUACGCGUGUGA